GACAUUCACUCGUGCUGGGUGCUUUGAUUCAGGCGAUUGGAAGCUUUUGAGAAAAUGGGAUCUUUGAUGGCUGGUUGGGACUCACCUGUCCCUGAUCCUAGAUCAAUGAAGUACAGGAGGAAUCGGUCACUUACUAGAGGAGAGAUCGAUGCUUACUGGAGAUCAAAGAAGAGAAUAGAAGAGGAUCAUCUCAAAGCUAUUUCCGGUCUAUCCAGUAGCAGUCAGGAUGGCGUGGACGAGGAUCAUGGAAUACAGUUUCAGAGAUCAAGCUCCUUACCCGCAGCCACUACGAAGGAGGUGUUCAUGGACAUGGAGACUGAUCAAGCAAGUUUGGAGCAACUUAUCAAGAAAAAUGGCUGGUGGGCAAGUAGCAACUGGGCAUUCCUAAAUGAGCCGCCAAUUCUGGAACGUGCUUCUAACAAUUACACACCGCAUUUUCACGUUGCUAGUCUUGCCACCUCAAAAUCCAAUACUGGAAUCAAUGCGUAGUGAUGGCCUUUCUUCCUCUAUAUAGGACUGCUGUGUGCCCGCCGUCUAGCUUUGCAUAUUCAUGCCCCUUAAUAUCUAAGCUGCUAGGGUACGCUUUGGUAAGAUAGUGUUCAUAUGGAGUGGACUGUGAGGAGUGGAUUUUCUAGUGUGUGUGUGUUCCCUUCCUAUCUGAUCUGGACAUGUUAAGAGUGUAAAAUAGCUGGACAUGCUAGGUUAUAGACUUG